AUGGGCAAGUCUUCCAAAGAUAAGCGCGAUGCUUAUUAUCGCCUGGCGAAAGAGCAAAAUUGGCGCGCGCGUUCCGCCUUCAAGCUCAUUCAAAUCGACGAGCAAUUCGACCUUUUCGAAUAUGAGAAUCCGGGCCGUGUGACAAGAGUCGUGGAUCUUUGUGCUGCACCGGGCAGUUGGAGUCAGGUUCUCAGUCGCGUCUUGAUCAAGGGCGAGAGCUUCGGACGGCGGGCAUGGAUCGACAAGAAGCGAAGAGAGAAGGAGGUCUUGGACAACGCCGAUAAUGCGACGACGAGCACGGACAAUGAACCCGAAAUUCCGUUUGGAGAGAGCGAUCCAAGCUCCGAAUUGAAGCCUCGAAAGAACGUCAAGAUUGUCUCAAUUGACCUGCAACCUAUGGCACCCCUCGAGGGUAUCACCACCCUCAAAGCCGACAUCACCCACCCUUCUACCAUUCCUCUUCUCUUGCGUGCACUAGACCCCGAAGCCUACGAAUCCUCUACACCUUCUUCCGACUCAACGUCACAAACUCCGGUAGCGAUUAAGCAACCUCACCCAGUUGACCUAGUCAUUUCCGAUGGUGCACCGGACGUGACAGGUCUACAUGACCUCGAUAUCUAUAUUCAAUCACAAUUGCUAUACGCGGCGUUGAACCUUGCCAUGGGAGUACUGCGGCCGGGCGGCAAGUUCGUUGCGAAGAUUUUCCGAGGCAGAGAUGUCGACCUUCUCUACGCGCAAUUGCGCACCGUCUUUGAGCGAGUUAGCGUUGCGAAGCCACGUAGCAGUCGUGCCAGCAGUCUGGAGGCUUUCGUGGUGUGUGAGGGAUUCAUUCCUCCUAUUGAGGAGGACGGUGUAGUCGGCAUGGCAGCCUUGAAGAACCCUCUAUUUGGCGGGGCUGCAGCACCCAAGCCUAUUUCCGGAGAUGGAAACUUGGCCGUCGAAGUACGUGAGGAGCUGGACGAAGAUGCCAAUGCUCGUCAAUUGUUGACACAACCGUCCUCCACCAAGGGCAUCUCGACUCCUGGUCAUUCAAUUGAGGUGCGGCAUCUGCACACAUCUACUUCCGAGGAUCAACCCCCACCACAGAAGCUCCCCAGCAAGUUUGCAGUGGAGCACCGGUGGAUUCCCUCUUUCAUCGCUUGUGGUGAUCUCUCCGCUUGGGACUCGGAUGCAACUUAUACUCUGCCACCUGACUAUGUUACGUUGGACCCAGUGCAGCCUCCCACGGCGCCUCCAUAUCGGAAGGCUUUGGAAUUGAGGAAGCAAAUGGGUGGAGCUUAUGGAAAGACCAAGCUCAGGGUAGCUGGACAAUCAUAA